AAUAGAAAAAUCAAAUAAACAAAAAGAAAUUGACAAAACAGUAAAAUAAAAUAAACCUAAUAUUAAACAAACUGCUUCCCGACUUCCAAAGUUUCCUGCAUUAAAUAUACCUUGGUCGAUGUAUAUCAUAAAUUCAAGAUUAUUGGCUCUCCACUUUGCCCAUUGUACCAAAUUAAUCAAAAGGAAAAAGAAAAAGAAUCAAACGAGAGGUGAGAAAAUGGCAGGUUUGUUUGAGAAGCAAGCAGAUGAUUAUCUGAACGCUCGGCCAACAUACCCAAAAGAAUGGUACUCCAAGCUAGCUGCCCUCACUCCUCGCCGGAACUUGGCUUGGGACGUCGGCACCGGCAACGGUCAAGCCGCUAUUGGUGUGGCCGAGCACUUCGACCAAGUGAUUGGAACUGAUUUGAGUGAGGCCCAGUUACAGCGAGCCAUUCCACAUCCAAGGGUCCGAUACAUACACACUCCACUAACCUUGACAGAAAACGACAUCGUUUCGAAAGUUGGUGGCGAAGAUUCAGUUGACUUGGUUACCGUAGCCCAAGCGGUGCACUGGUUUGACCUCCCAAGCUUCUAUUCACUUGUCUCACGUGUCCUUCACAAACCAGGAGGUCUAUUUGCCGUUUGGUGCUACAACGACAUCGAAGUGAGCCCCGCAUUUGAUCCAAUAAUGAAGAAAUUUCAUGAUACGACGAUGCCAUUUUGGGACCCAAAUGUCAAGUAUGUAUUUGAUGGGUACAAAACGCUGCCGUUUCCUUUUGAGAGUGUGGGUUUGGGAUCUGAGGGAGACCCAUUGGCUUUGGACAUUCCCAAGGAGCUUUCUUUUGAAGGGUUUUUGAGGAUGGUAGGGUCAUGGUCGGCUGUGACUACGGCAAAGGAUCAAGGUGUGGAUUUGUUGAAUGGGAAAAUGGUGAAAGAGUUUGAGAAUGCUUGGGGUGGGUCUAAUUUGGUCAGAUCUGUUGCCUACAAGGCUUUUAUGCUUGCUGGGAAAGUUAGGCUCUAAGUCUUUUUUCUUUUUUUUUUUUGGGGUUUCAAUUUUCAGGAUAAGCUUUUUAAAUUUGUCAUUGCGGAUAGCUUAAUGGUAAAUCUACUGUUUUAUGAUAAUUUAACAAUUUCUAAUUCAAACCUCUAUUUGACCAACUGAAAAUAAAAGUUUGUUAAAUUUCACAGCUAGAAAUGUUGGUAUCGGCUAGACCACCCCUCGUACAAUGCAAUGCAGCGAUAACAACAAUUAUUGCUAUAUAUGUAUUUAUAUAUAUCUUCAUCAUUGUUUAGA